AUGGCACCAAAAAAGGCGAGAAAGACCACCGACAGCAUCAACUCGCGCCUGGCGCUUGUGAUGAAGUCCGGUAAAGUCACUCUCGGUUACAAGUCGACCCUCAAGUGCCUUCGCUCGGGCAAGGCCAAGCUGGUCAUCAUUGCCGGCAACACUCCUCCUCUGCGCAAGAGUGAACUGGAAUACUACUCCAUGCUGUCCAAGACGAACGUUCACCACUUCGCCGGAAACAACAUUGAAUUGGGCACUGCCUGUGGAAAGCUGUACCGAUGCUCGACCAUGGCUGUCCUCGAUGCAGGCGACUCUGAUAUCCUGGGAGCUGCAUCGUAA